AUGAACGGCCCGCCACAGCCCCGAAUGACGACGACUUUACCUUCCGACAAACCUACGCCCGGCCGACCCAAUGUUGUUCAAGAUGCAGCCUCUGCCGUUUCGCGUGAUGCCUCUGCAUCUCCAGCUCAACCCGCGCUCCUCUUCCAAACCAACACCAUCGCGCCCUCUCCUCCCCCAUCUCAGAUAGAACCGCAGCACGCGAGGCCGCUGCCAACGACUUCUCAACCCUCCCAGGAUAAGUCCUCCCACGGCCCCGCGACGCCCCUUCGAAUAUCAACAGACCUCUUGUCGCGUAGCCCGAACGCGUCGGCUCUUCCGCCGCCCGAUUCGCUUAGUUCCAACAGGAACCUGUCGCCGUCGCGGUUCAUGACGCGCAAGGCCUCCGCCGGCAGCCUCCCUUCAGUGUCGAGAACGCCGAGCCUCAAGGCCGCCCUCACCAACAGCAUCGGAUCCGCUGGGACCAACAGCGUCAUCCCGAGUCCCGUCAUCGCGGCGAUGGGCGACAUGACACCCCUACCGAGCCCCCUGCUGUCAGGCGACUCCCCCGGACCGUGGAAGAAGCUGGGCGGCGCCGAGCCCACCUCGCCCCCUCGAACACGCGCUCGGCUACGGAGCCUGGGAGAGGCAUCGAUUCUCGUCACGUCUGGAGGCGAGCCAAUCGAAGUGGCUGCGUCUCACGCCUCCAGACGCAAGAUGUAUGCCAACCUCGACGGGGCAAACAACGUCCCACCGCCAGUCUCCCACGACGUCCAGCAGUCCCUGCAGCCCCAGCACUCGAGAGCUCGGAGCGUCAGCGACUACGUUCCGGAGCCGAUGUCCUCGCCUAAGCGACCCGUGGUCGUCUCGGGCUCCCAUGCUAGGAUUGGCCCCUCGGAUGGCAUGGAGGCGCAUAUCAGGAGGGAACCCAACUAUGCAGAGUCCCGUGGCUUGACUGCCGUUGCACAACCCCCCACGCCCCCGCCCAGCGAGUCAUCAAGAGACUCGACUGACGCGACCAAGCCCAAGGAGUCGCGGUUCGAGUAUUUCCAAGCCCGGACCAGGGGCGACAACAAGUUGCGGCGAUGGAGGGCCAUAAGUUUCCUCGGCCAGGGCACGUUCAGCCGGGUCAUGCUUGCUACAAGUCAGGCGGACCCCAACGGCGGCUCUAGGGAGUCGAGUUCCGGCCCGCUGUCGCCCGCCGUCGACGGCAGCAUGGACCGCAAGAAGCUGGUGGCCAUAAAAGUCUGCGAGCAUGGUCCCCGUGGUGGAGCGUCCGAGGAACGCGUCGAGAUGAGCUUGAAGCGCGAGCUCGAGAUUAUGCAGAGCAUACACCACCCGUCACUGGUCAACCUCAAGGCGUGGAGUAUCGAGCCUACGCGGGCCAUCCUGGUACUCAGCUACUGCCCAGGCGGCGACCUAUUCGACAUUGCGACGGCGCACCGGAGUCUUCUGAAACCGGCACUUAUGAGGAGAAUGUUUGCCGAGGUCGUGGGCGCGGUCGGCUACCUGCACGAGCGACGCAUCGUCCAUCGAGACAUAAAGCUCGAGAACGUCCUCGUCAACCUGACGCCGGAAGAGCUCGGAGACCCGUCCGUUGACUGGCAGACAUUCCCCCACUCCAUCGUCACCUUGGCCGACCUUGGUCUCUCUCGGCGCAUCGCCGAUGAUGAGAAGCUCGAGACGCGAUGUGGCUCCGAUGACUAUGCCGCUCCCGAGGUCAUCAUGGGUCAGCCCUACGACGGGCGCGCCACCGACGCCUGGUCCCUCGGCGUGCUGCUGUACGCCCUGCUCGAGGCCCGUCUCCCCUUCGAUCCACAUCCUGGGAUGAGCGAUGCGCACCGCAUGCGCAGCCGCACCAGCCACCGCAUCGCGCGAGUGGAGUGGCGAUGGGCCGAGUACGCCGGCGAGGACGGCGACCACGAGGCCAACGAGGCCAAGUUUGCCGAGAACGAUCUCCUCGGCGCCAUGGAGAUCACCGAGGGCCUCCUCAAGCGGGCCCGCAGCCGCUGGAGCGUCGCCAAGGUGGCCGCGCAAGAAUGGGUGCGGGAUGCCCUCAAGAUCCCCGGCGGGCUCCAGUUUAGGGAAGAGGACGACGGACAGGAGGUCUAA